AUGGCGUCAGUUGUUGUGGUAUGUUGAAUCCAGAUUUUCAGAAUUCCUAAUCAAAUUUUCAAAAACAUCAAUUUUCAGGUCGCAACCGGAGCCGCUCUUGCCGUUACCAUUCCAUUCAUUGCUCUCAAAGAGAUUUUCGAAAAACGAGCUCAAAGCAAUUUGAAAAAACAUUUGGGAGCUGGCGGCAAACGGCGAAAAUGUCGUGAGUUUGAAAAAUUUUGAAUUUUAGAACAGGGAGAAUUGAACGUUGGGAUCAAUAUUUUUAGUUUUCACACUUAAAUUGAUAUCUAGUUUCAAAAACUGAAACGACAAUGUAAAUUUUAGUGUGAAAAUUGUAGUGUGAUAAAACAUCGAUUUCAAACCUGCAGAUUUUUCAAAUUUCAAUAACUCUUUUUCCUCUUUCAAAAUUAAAUUCUAAAAAAAAAUGCUUAUAUUUUUUACAGGGGUGAAUUUCGGAAGUGUUGACAACAUUUCGAAAUAUGCGCAAAACAAUGCAAAAUCUGCCGAUGUUCAUUCAUUUUCUGAUAACGAAGAUUGUUCAUCUGUUAUCAGUUUGCCACCGAAUUAUGAUGAUUUAUUCCAUCCUCCACCAUGUAAGACUGAUCUAAUUUAAUUAACUAAUUAAUUAUCUUUUCAUUUUCAGAUUCGAAAACUACCAUCAAACAUCAACACUAA